AUGCAGGCGCCAGUGGUAGUAAUGAACACGCAGCAGGAGAGGUCGCAGGGCAGGGAGGCGCAGGUGUCGAACAUCGCUGCGGCGAAGGCGGUUGCGGACGUGAUCAGGACGUGUCUGGGCCCGAAAGCGAUGUUGAAGAUGUUGCUGGACCCGAUGGGCGGGCUCGUGUUGACUAACGACGGCCACGCGAUCCUCAGGGAAGUCGACGUUGCACACCCGGCGGCGAAGUCCAUGAUUGAGUUGUCCCGGACGCAGGACGAGGAGGUAGGUGAUGGGACCACGAGUGUGAUCAUCCUUGCCGGGGAGAUCCUCGCUCAGUGUGCUCCCUACCUUGUAGAGAAGGGGAUUCACCCGGUCGUGAUCAUCCGUGCACUCAAGACCGCUUUGGCGGACGCACUACAGGUCAUUGACGAGGUCUCGAGACCCAUCGACACAGAGAACGAGCCCGCGAUGUUGCAACUGAUUAAGGCAGCGAUCGGGACCAAGUACGUGAAUAUGUGGUCCCAGAAGAUGUGUCAGCUUGCCCUAAAGGCAGUCACCACGGUUAGAGACCCAGCCAGCGGAGAGAUCGACACGAAACGGUACGUCCGCGUGGAGAAGAUCCCAGGUGGAGAGGUCACGGACUCGAAAGUGCUCCGCGGGGUUCUACUCAACAAGGACGUCGUACACCCAAAGAUGACUCGCCGUGUUGAGUCCCCUCGGGUCGUACUGCUUGACUGCCCGUUAGAGUACAAGAAGGGAGAGUCCCAGACAAACAUUGAGAUCACAAACGAGGCCGACUGGAACAGGAUCUUACAGAUCGAGGAGGAACAGGUAAAGGCCAUGUGUGAGCAGAUCUUGGCCGUGUCCCCGACAGUGGUCAUCACGGAGAAGGGCGUCUCGGACCUUGCACAGCAUUACCUCCUACGUGGCGGUUGCUCAGUUCUCCGUAGAGUCAAGAAAUCCGAUAACAACAGACUCGCUAGAGUCACAGGCGCAACUAUCGUCAACAGGACAAGCGACCUCAAGGAGUCCGAUGUCGGUACCAAGUGCGGACUCUUCAACGUGGAACUUAUUGGUGACGAGUACUUCACCUCGAUCGGGGACGCCACUGACCCGGGCGCAUGCACGGUCAUCCUACGCGGUGGAUCCAAGGACAUCCUAAAUGAGAUCGACAGGAACUUGCAGGACGCAAUGGCAGUGACCCGUAACGUCUUUCUCUCACCCUCAUUGUCCCCCGGUGGUGGCGCCACAGAGAUGGCCGUCUCUGUUCGCUUGGCCGAGAAAUCGAAGCAAUUGGAAGGUAUCCAACAGUGGCCAUACCAAGCGGUCGCAGACGCCAUGGAAUGCAUCCCACGUACCCUGAUCCAGAACGCUGGUGGUGACCCGAUCAGAGUGCUUUCGCAACUGAGAGCACGCCACUCCGCGGGAGAACACACCGUCGGUAUCAACGGGGAUUCGGGGAAAGUCACAGAUAUGGUCGAGUACGGUAUCUGGGAACCAGAAGUCAUCAAACAGCAGAGCAUCAAAACGGCAAUCGAGUCCGCGUGUCUAUUGCUAAGGGUCGACGAUAUCGUGAGUGGUGUUAGAAGACAGGAGUAA